AUGAAACUGCUCUCGUGGAAUUGUCAGGGUUUGGGGAGACCCCUGACAAUCCACAAUCUUAAAAGGAUUUGCAAAUCCUACUCCCCCGAGGUUGGUUUUAUCUGUGAAACAAAAAAUCAAUCUCGACAAGUUGAAGGAAAACUAAGAUCUUGUGGUUUCAAGGAAUGGUUUAUUGUAGAUCCGGAUGGAUUAUUAGGGGGUUUGGCAAUGGCAUGGAGGGAUGGUUGCACUGUUCAGAUUUUACAGCAUGGUCGAUUUUUCAUUGCGGCAUCAGUUCUGACAGCUGGUUCUAAUGAUCCAUAUGGUGUUCUAGGUGUUUAUCUCAGUUCAAAUGAUCAACAUAGAAUGGCUCAAUUUGCUGAAUUAACUUCAGUCACCCAACAGUUCGAUGGUAAGGUUGUGUUAAUGGGGGAUUUUAAUGCCAUUUCUAAUCAAUUGGAGAAAGAAGGUGGGGGUGCUAAAUCUCCUUUUUCUAUUGAAACCUUUAAUAGUUUUAUUGAUGAUAAUUUCCUGAUUGAUAUUGGUAUGGUCGGAAGACCAUUCACUUGGUCAAAUAGACGGAGGGGUGAUGAGUUGAUACAGGAAAGAUUGGACCGAUUCCUGGUAGGAGUUGAUUGGCAGCAACUCUAUCCCAAUGCAACGGUUCUUAGACUGUCAGAAUCAGGCUCGGAUCAUGCCCCUCUUCUCCUAGACUCUAAUCUGAGAACUGAGAGAUCUAAACACCGAUUCAAAUUCCAAGAAAGAUGGUGUUCCAAUGAUGAAAUACGCCAGAUUGUUAAAGAGGUUUGGCAUGAACAGAUUGAUGGUUCAGCCAUGUAUAUCCUAGCUCAAAAAAUAAAGCGUUGUCGGCAUAAGAUUGUCAAAUGGCAGCAAGAACACAGAUCUAAUUCAAAGGUGGAGAUUGAUUUACUACAAUCGGAAUUAGAGGAACUUCGUUUAGCAGGAAUUCAUGGAGGCGACAUCAUUUCAGAAAUAGAGGACAAACUUGAAAAAGCAUUGCAAAAUGAGGAAUCUUAUUGGAAAGAUAAGUCUAGAGUCAAAUGGCUCAAAUAUGGUGAUCAGAAUACAGCUUUCUUCCAUCAGAAAUUUAGAAAUCGAACCCGAAGGAAUAGAAUUUGGCAACUAACUGGCAAUGAUGGUGAAGUGGCUACUUCAAAUGCUGGUAUUGCUUCUGUGGCUGAAUCUUAUUUCAAGGACAUCUUUUCCUCCACUUGUCAUGAGAACCUUGAACCUCUGUUUACUGAUUUUGAACCUAAGGUUACAGCUCACAUGAACCGUAGGCUUCAAAGACCAGUGACUAUGGAGGAAGUGAAACGCGCAACAUUUAGCAUUCAUCCUCAAAGUGCCCCAGGAGAUGAUGUUAAGAGCUUCUUUUCUGGGGGCAGAAUCUUGAAGAGUUUUAACCACACUCAGAUCUGUCUUAUUCCGAAGAUUUCUUAUGCUAAAGAUAUGACUCAGAUCAUGUGGAUUCGAGAAUUAGUGACAACUGUUUCUUAUUCUGUUAUUGUGGAAGGACAACCUUAUGGUUUCUUCAAACCAAAUAGAGAGAUACUUAACCCGUUGAAGAAUGCUGACCGUAAUCCUCAAUUGCUUGCCAUCAUUUGUUGGAACUGCUGGAAAGCUCGCAACCAGUUGAUUUUUGAAAGUUCUACUUCUAUGCCGUCUGCCAUUCCAGCAAGCUCUAUCAAGUUGUUCCGUGAAAUGCAAAAAACUCCCAAUUUAGGUCGUCAUCUCCAUGAGGCAAGCUCUUAG